UUCCAUUUCCGCAGUCUGUUCUGUUCUGUUCUGGUCUGCUUGGUAUUCCAAUGGAAGGCGACGAAGAGGAACUGCUCCUAUGGAAGUCGGAUUCAUCACCUCAAUCCAUGGUCUCAGUCACCGUCGGCAGAGUUAUGGCCACCUUACUCGCGGCUCGCCCAAAGAAGCUCCACGACGCCGUUUUCGGUCUCUCACCCAACCACCGCCAUGGAGCUUCACUAGAUUCUCUGGACCAAUCUCUCUGGUUUCUGCAUAAGUAUGUCAGGGACGCUGUUCAAAACCAUGCUUCUUUAGAUGAAAUCCUCGUUGCAAUGAUUGAACAUACGUUGAGAUUCAAGGAUAAGAACUGGAAGCGAGGGGGCCAAGUUAUGGUGCUUCUUAACUGGCUGUUCCUUGACGAGCUUACUUUUCAAUCGCUUAUAAAAAAUCUUGCUGAUAUUAUUGUGAGAAAGGAUGAUCGCUAUGUCGCCCUUGGCUGGUGUAUCCUUGUUCGCAGUCUUGUAGAGUUCGAGUCUGUCCCUAGUGAACUUUCAUUGAAUGGGUUAAGGGAGAGAUUCAAGGAUAUGUUGAAGGUAUUCUCUUCGUGCAUUCCACGUCUGACACAUAUUUUAAGUAAAGGAAGUAUUCUACAGGAAGGGUUUGAGUUACCUUCUCGCCUUUCGGUUUGUGCUGCCGAUUGUGUAGUAUCCCUUACGAAUGCACUGACAAGAAAGCCUGAGGCUCAAACUAGGCAGAAAAGAUUAAAUGCAAGUUCAUCAUAUCAGCAAGUUACUUUCUUUUCAAAUGCUGUUGAUGACCAGCGAGAGAAACCAAUUAGUAGUUCUUCAAAAGACUCAAACUUGGACAUGGAAUAUUUACUCUGGGAUCAAUUGAAGGAUCUCGUGAUUUUAGUACAGAGGCUUCUUGCAUGGAGCAUGAAAAGUCGGGCAUUGCAUGCAAAAGGUUUAGAGCAAGUGCUUAAAUGGUUGCAAGAGAUAAAUGUGCAUUAUGGUAGCUUCCGAAAUGAGGCAGGGAAGGAAAAAGCAAAGAUUUCCCAAACUGGAGCAUUGCUACUUUCUUCUUGUUGGAGGCACUACAGCAUUUUAUUAUUUUUGGAUGAUUGCCGAUUUUCUCAGCAUUACGAAGAAUGGUUGAACCAGUACUUGUCAGGCAUUCAGUAUUAUUCAGGGCACAACACUGGGGAAAGUAUCGAAAAUAAGGAUGGUAGAGAGACCAUUAUUUUUUUCCUGAAUUGUUUAUGCCUUCUAUUGGGACGGCUUGACAGCAAAAAAUUUGAAAGCACAGUAUCAGAAUAUGGAUCUCAGAUUUCUCAGGUUCUGCUAUUGCAGUUCCAUAGUACAGAUGAAGAUGUUAUUACCGAGGUUGUUAGCAUAUUUAAGGCGGUUUUUCUCAAUCCAAAACUUUCUUCUAGAGACAGCAUCACUGACAUUAGGCAACUGGAUGUUGUGAUGCCAUCAUUACUUAACCUUCUAGAUGAGCGAGAUGUCACAGCUAGAGCUGUCAUCAUUCUCAUUGCUGAAUCUUGUUUAAUGAGCAGAGAUAAUGAUCAGUUCCUUUUGGAAGUCUUCAAGCGAUUUGAUUCUGAUAGUAUCAUUCAGAGAAGGAAUGCUAUUGAUGUGAUAUCUGAAAUUGUUCAGAUGUCAUCAAAUAAAAGAAAUUUACUUGCUCAGUCAGCAUGGCAAGAUAUAGCUAAGCAAUUAAUCAAGUGUCUGGAAGAUGAAGAAAUUCUGAUUCGUAAACAGGCUGCUGAUUUGCUUCCUUGCAUUGACCCUUCUUUAGUUUUACCUUCCUUAGUACGUCUUGUCUACUCGUCAAAUGAUAAAGUUCUAGCUUCAGCCGAGGAGGCUCUCGUUGGGGUGCUCAAGUGUCAUAAUCAGAACAUUGGAGCGAUUUUUGUGCUACUUGACUGUGUUAGUGAUUUUGGCCUAAACGCAGCUCUUUCAAAUACUGGGGGUAAAGGUCAAGGAUCAAGGUUGCAAAGUGAUCGAGUGCUCAGCUUAAUUCCUAAAUGGUCUCACAGUGUUCAAGAUUGGAAGUUCUUGAUAGGAUCGUUGAUUGAUAAGAUGUUUGCAGAACCAUCUAAUGCAGUUCUCGUUAGAGUCCUGAGUAUUAUAAACGAGCACUUGGUGAAAGCUACUGAUGUGAUCCUAAAGCGUAUUUUAUCGUAUGUGAAAGGACAGAAAGAGAUUGAUGAAAGCUUCUACACUAAACGGGGGAGCCAAAAUGUAGAUAUCUCUCCAAGUGUGCAGCAAUCUCUAUUUGAGCGUCUUUGUCCACUACUUGUUAUCAGGAUGCUUCCCCUUGAAGUUUUUAAUGACCUGAGUAUGUCUGUCAUGUAUGGGCAGCUUCCUAACCGAGCAAUUAUUAAUGGUGCAUGGGGAUUUGUGUUGUAUUCUUUUGAAGAUGUACGUUUGUUAUCUCAAUCUGGAACUCUUUCUUGGAGACGUUUGGUGUUUGCUUGUCUUGUCAUAGCGACCGUUGUCUUAUCGCUGUGCCUGAUGUUUUCUACCCGAUUUUACAGGGCCUUUUCCAAGUUUGAAUUUGAUGAUGUACGGAAGCUGGCUGCUGAGUUGUGUGGGCGCAUUCAUCCCCAGGUGCUUUAUCCUUAUGUUAGCUUGGUACUAGAAGAUGCAGUGGGUUCUCACAAUAUACCAGGAAUAAAAGCCUGCCUUUUUUCGAUGUGCACGUCCCUUGCGGUAAGAGGCGAGCAUAUGUCUUCACAUUUCGACAUAUUUGAAAUUGUGAAAACCUUGGAAGUAGUUCUAUCAUGGCCGUCUCAGGAUGGGGAUGAAGUUUCCAAAUCACAACAUGGGUGCAUUGAUUGCAUGGCUUUGAUGAUAUGUGCUGAACUACAAGCUCCGAACACUUGCAGCACCUCCAAUUUGGAAAAAAUUGACCUUGAUAAGAAGAAAGGGCAUGCCUCCGUAAAAGGUUCGAUUCUGGGUUAUGUGAUCCAUCAAUUAAUAGAUGGUAGAAAGGAACUAGUUUCAACCUAUGAUUUGGACCAGAAGUACAACACAGCCGACAAUUCUACUCCUGUAUCCUUUCGCCUCUGCAUGGCAAAUGUGCUCAUCAGUGCCUGCCAAAAGCUUUCAGAUUUGAGGAAGAAACGAUUUGCUAGAAAAGUUCUUCCACGUCUCGUUUCUUUUGCCAAGGUAACAAGUACACAGGUAGAUAUUAGAGCUGCAUGUAUUGGAGUCAUCUUUUCAGCCGUAUAUCAUCUGAAGUCAGCUAUUCUACCUUAUGCUAAUGAUAUUUUCAGAGUCUCAGUAAACGCUCUGAAAAGUGGGCAAGAAAAGGAAAGGAUAGCUGGUGCUAAGCUGAUGGUAUCCCUCAUGUCAAGUGAAGAUCCAAUUUUGGACUGUAUUUCUGGAGAACUACUAGAAGCAAGAGAUGUGCUGUCGAGUGUAUCUUCUUUAGAUCCUUCAAUUGAGGUCCAACAAAUUUGCCAGAAAAUGCUCCAAUGUUUGCUUUCUCCUUGAGUUCGUAUGCGUUGUUCAUCUUUCCCAUGUGGCGAUAAGAAUAUGUUUAAAUGGGAUUAUUGUAAAUUCUUAUGAAAUUAGCAUUAUUUUGUUUGAUGUUUUUAAUAUAUAUAAAAGAAUUGAUUUUGGUGUGAAAA